GUCAUGGUGGCUUUGCUGAAGAAGACCACCAGGCUCGUGGGACUGGCUGUAUGUGAGUCACACAAGAGGCUAAGAAUAUUGUACACAAAGAUUCUUGAUGUUCUUGAGCAAAUUCCUAGAAAUGCAGCAUACAGAAAGUAUACAGAACAGAUUACAAAUGAGAAGCUGAGUACAGUUAAAGCAGAACCAGAUGUUAAGAAAUUAGAAGACCAACUUCAGGGUGGCCAACUAGAAGAGGUGAUUCUUCAGGCUGAAAAUGAACUAAGUCUGGCAAGAAAAAUGAUACAGUGGAAAUCAUGGGUGCCUUUAGUGGAAGAACCUCCUGCCAAUCAAUGGAAAUGACCAAUAUAAUCAUGAUUAAAUGACUAGUGUGUUGAUGGGAAACUGAUGUAAUUAAAUGUUCUGUUACAUUU